CGCUCCCGCUCCCGCUCGCGCUGCCGGCCUCAGCGACGGCUCAGGGCUUGGCUCCGGCCGCAGCAAUUUAGGGGGAGAAGGAAGGAGCCCUGCUAAACUCUCCCGUGACCUCAAACUCUUUGGACUGCUUUUUCUUUUUUUUUAAUUUUUGAAAGAAAAUCCACCUUGAAAGAAAAUCGGCAUAGGAGGAGAUGGAAGUUUUCCCCUUGUUCUUGGUUCUGUCCGUGUGGUGGUCUCGAACCUGGGAGCGGGCGAAUGCGGAUUCGAUCAUUCACAUCGGAGCGAUUUUUGAUGAGUCUGCCAAGAAAGAUGAGGAGGUGUUUCGCACAGCCGUCGGCGACCUCAACCAGAAUGAGGAGAUCUUACAGACGGAGAAGAUCACCUUCUCCGUGACAUUUGUUGAUGGCAACAACCCAUUUCAAGCGGUUCAAGAAGGAAUGAAGGCUUUGAUUGAAAGAUCUUAG